AUGGAGCAAAACAAGCUUAGACUCAACGGAGCGAGGUGUCUGCGCUCAGGAGUAAAAGAAACACCUUCCUUCCCUCACAUCCCCGCGGCGCGCACCCGUCGGCGCCGAGCGCGCAGCCCGCUCCGCCGCCGCCUCUCCGCCCCGCCGCCUCUCGGCCCCGCCGCCGCCGCCGCCGCCGCCGGGCAGGUAACUUCACGCGCUCAUUGUGCCCCCGCCCGCACCCCCAUCCCCGCCUCCGCGCCCCUCGCCGCCGGCGCGCGCUCGGCUCCGGGUCCGGGGCGCCUUACUGGAGACCCCGGUGGCUCUGGGUUUAGUUUAUUUCCUCCACCUUGGAGCCCGGGACGGGGAGGGGAUCGAGGGGACCGGACGGGAGGGGGCGCGCGCCGGGCCGGCGGGGUGGGCAGCGCCGCGGGACCCGCGCCCCGUGGGCUCGGGGGCUGCAGCUGGGCCGAGGCUGAAGGCGGGCGUAGGGGAGGUAGAGGAGGAAGCUCGCCGGGCGGCCACGGCGCCGGGCGCCGGGAGGACCGAGCGGGCCGAGCCGCGCUGCUCAGGGCAGGGAGGCUCACACAAAGGGGCGGCGAGCCCGGGCUCCGCGGCCUGGGCGCCGCGGGGAGCGCAGCGAGGGGGCGCUGUGGGGCGCACCCGGCCCGCGGCCCCGCGGCCCCGCCCCGGCCCGGCCGGGCCACCGCACCCCGCCCCACUCCGCGCGCGUCCCCACGCCGGCCCGCGCUGCCCGCUCUCCUCUCUGUCCCCCCACCGCUGUCCCGAGCGCCCCGGGCCCACACCCUCCACUCCUCGGUGCGCGCGGCAGCCGUGACUUUUCUGCGCCGCGCGACCCCUGUGCGCACCGGAGUGAGCCUUGUCCGCGCGCGCUCAGGCCGAGCCUCGAACCGGCGGGGAGAGCGGGUCCCCGGCCCGGCCCGCCUCGCUGUCACCCUCGCCCCUCGGGAGAAUGUGGGGAGGCUGAGGCUCCCUUGGGGACUACAGAGUCCGGGGGAGUGAGUGAUUCCCAGGGUGAUAAGGAAGCGGUGAUCAAGGUCGGGCUAGGGGGAACACUUGGGACAUUACCACUGCACGCCUAGUAGUGCUCUUGGCGGUGCCAGGAAGACCUGGAGUCCGCCUCCCCGCUUCUCAGGUUGGCAGAUGGGGUGUCCACAUCACCAGUGAGGUUUUGUCCUUUUGAUUCCCCUAACCUGCAAACUUGGAACUUCGUUUAUCUGGAUGGCUGAGACAGCCAGGGCACAUUUAGCCCCUCCCCUCCUCACCCCCUUCCUACGGGAAUUGCAAGCAGGAGUGGGAGGUAUUUACUUUCUCAGGAGUGAGAAGCCACACACAGGCACAGAGGAGCCCAGGAGCCGGGAAGGAUCUAGGAAGUUAUACAUUUCCACACCUGGCCUCAAAGAAGAGGCUGAGAACUUUGGACUGCUCUGCGCCUGCUCCCUUUUAGUACAUGGUGACUGCCAGUGGCAGUGUACCUUUUCCUGGCCUUGUGUCCAAACGGCGGUUAAGUAUAAGCAGAAAGAUCUGGAAGUCACUACAAAAUAUAAUAAAAUGAGCAUUUCGGGACGUCUCCUGUACGCAGAAUUGCUCUGGAAACCUGUAAUGUAUUGCUUUGCAACCUGACCGUCCUCUCUUACCUGGAGCCAUUGUUUCCUUCUGGUCAGUAUUUCUGACCCAUAUUGAUUUCUGUUUGACAACCCUGUGAAUUUGCGGAGAAUGAAACACAAUGGUUCAGGACUGGAAUCAUACUGUCAACCUCUUGACACCUGAAGAGGGUGAUACUCGCCAUUCUCAAAGCAUGCGGCUUCUGUAUCCCUCCGAUUCCUAACCUAAGGCCUGGUUUCUACAGUGUGGUGUCCUUGUGGUGUGUUAGUGUUUGCAUGCUGAAGAGAUGACCCGUUGAAAACCAAAAGCUCAUAACUCCAAUUACUUGUGCAAUACAAGUGGAUAAAUACUCUUGUAAUAGUGCCCCGCCCUAUGCCUAUCAUAUUCCACUGAAUAAAUCUCAAUUUAGAAACUAAAGAGGCAUUUUAUUAUGUUUGAAUUUGUAGGACCUUCAGCUGCAUAUCCUAAGUUGAUUCAUUUAAUUGUUUAUUCCCUGUAUUUUACACACUGAAGACACAAAGGACCGGAAAAAAAACACGGAUGUGAUAUACUGUGCUUGGUUCCCCAGGAGCAUGUGAAGCUUCUGAGUGAAGAGAUGCUACUUCCCUUGUCCUGGUGGUCAGCAAGCUGGGAAGCACCUGCGUGAAGAGAAAACACAAAUGGAAAACACAGCCCAAAAAAGCAGAGAGAACGGGAGCUGUCAGGAGAGUAGCGUCAGAGAUCACAAAGGAAGAUUCACCCCAGGAGAUGGGUAGACAUUAUUCUUCUCUUCAUGCAGUUGGUGGUCUGUUUAACAAAUACUACUUGAGUAUUUGCACCAUGCUGGUCACAGGGACAGACUCUGAGUCCACAAAAGCUCCAGGUCGUCUGCUGCAAAGCUUCAACUGUAGCUCAUUUGGUCUCACUUUCAACUCUGUGUCCUUUUGCUGUUUUCAGAAUCACAGAUUCCUAUUUCCAAUUGUCUACCAAUGAUACCUGGCUGUAUUUCUGCAGGUCCUCAAACUCAGCAUAUACCCACCAAUUUAAAUAAACACAAUGUAUCUAUAAAUCAUUUUCCCUUGGAAUACAUAUGUCAUGUAACAGUCAUGUUUAAUAUUCUGCUGUGACAAUUAACCUUAGUUCUCUUCCUGUUUGAACUCUCCUCUGGACAAUUGCUAGAGCAUCCCAUUGUGUGUCUUCUCUGCUGAUUCAGAUUUACAAAUACACUAUGUCUAUGUUAUUGAAGAUACCUGGAGCACACUAGUAUCUUGACUAAAUAUCUCCAAGAGCUUUCUAAAAACCCCAGUACACCAAACUAUUGAUGGUCCUGACAAUUCCUUCAUGUACUUGCAUUGUUUUCAUGCAUUUGCAGCUAAUGUUACCACUGUCCAAGAAGAACUUCCCCACCACUCUGUGUGUAUGUAUCAUCCUGUUACCUUCAGAUCAAACACAGUAUUAUCCCUCAGUGCAUAAUAGAGGGUGUCACAUACACACCCCUUUUCUACUGUAAAUUUUUAUGUUAGCAUAAUAGCAGCUGAUCCUGUGUCUCUGUACUUUUCUCUGAGGGAUACAGGAAGCAAUCUAUGUUUUUAUCCACUUGCUAUGAUGGAAGGCAAGGUGUGUAUAUGCAUACAAAAUUGUCAAACUGGGAUUUACAUCCAUAUUGUGCUCCAUGGAGUAGUUUUUGUGUAUGUUUACCAGAGCAUUAUAGAGGAUAUAAUACAUCCACAUCACUAUAGGAUUUGUUUUAUAAAAAAUUUUUUUGAUAUUCUGGUAGAAGUAGCCCAGUUCAGUACAAUGGCACAUGAAAAACCAGAUUUGCAAGUUUUAGAGUAGGUCAAAAGUGAAUCACCAGAUUACUCAUGCAUGGAUGAUGAUGAUCCAUUAUGAUAAAACACGCUUUCAUAACAGAACUGUGGUGUCGUUGGAUGAUGAUGGUGAUGGUGAUGAUAAUUAUGACUUUGAUGCUGGCAAUAUGAGCCAACAUUUCUGUGAUAAUGAAAUGAAGCAAGAAUAGACUGAUACAGACAAAAGGAAGUAUACCACCUUGAUUCAGAUAACAAAGAAAACAAUGUGAGUACAUGUUUGAUAGUUGCAAUGUUGCAAAAUGGUCAUGCAACUAAAAGGUACAAGCCAAUAUUAGAAGUUGGCCUAAAAAUAUAGUAAAGGUUUUGGCAGGAGUGAAAUGUAUUAGACAGAAUGCCAGGACUGCUGUUCGGUGUUGGGAAUUGUAAUGGAUGAAAUGCUACAAGAUGCUGUGAAUACAAUAAAACAUUCUGUAACACCAUAGCCAUAUUCAAAAACAUAUUUAUUAUGACACCUUACUAGCUGAAUGGAAACACUCACAGAUCUGCUUGUACUUAGCAGGGCUUUCUCAUGGUGAUCGCAGGAAUAUAAAAGACUUAUGUAAGUGUUGGGUCAACAUAUGGUGUAAAAGCUUAUGCCCUUGUAGAUAUGGAGACUUACUAUGCUUUCGAUUUGGAAAUUUAUCCUGGAAGUCAGCCAUCAAUGCCUUAUUUGUACAAUAAUAUACUAAAUGAUGUUGUAAACAGAUUUUUGCUCCCAUUUUCAAAGAUAAUUCAGAAUGUGACGUUUGACAACCAACUGGUUUACCAGUUUCCAGUCCUAACAGGGCACAGGUUGACCAGCAUAGGAACUGUACACAAGACCAAAACAGAAAUUCAAAAUGAAAUGUCACAAUUAAAAAACGGAGAAUUGUAUAGCAUAAUGUAUGGAUUUCAGAAAAAUUUACAUUGGCCCCCUAUGUGGCAAACAAAACAAACUGGUACUGCUGAUGUGAACAUUGCAUCAUGAUGGAAAUAUUUGUGAGGAAAUCUUGACAAAACAAAAACCCUAAAUGGAAACUUUUCUCAACCAAACCAAACACAGAGUAGAUGUUGUUGAUGAAUUAUGCAGCUACUAUUAUGUCACUUGAAACACAAAGCACUGGUCAGUGGUUGUGCUUUCCUCAAUCCUAAACAAGUGUGGCAUAGUCUGAUAGUUUACAAAGAAAAUACAAGUGCAAAAUACCACAGAGAAAUUUUCUUAGAGUAUUGGAACCCAUAAGAGAUAAUUUUUAGCAGAGGAAAAACACAAUGUUUCAGCCCAGGGAAGUACACAAACAAUUGUGACCUCACUGGUGAGCUAACAGAAGAACAGGCAGGUGCAGUGUCCCAAAGACAGACUAUGACAACAGAAAAGCCAAAUUGAUGUCAACUGUGCCCUACAAGAAAGGAGAGGAAAAUGAGACAUAUAUUCUAUCAGUGUAAGUGAUACUUGUGCAUGGAACAUGCAACCUUCAUGUGUGAAAUCUGCCUUGGUGUGACAAUUGAAGCCAAUAUUAUUUUUGUUGGAGAGUUCUUUUGAUAUUUUCAUUUUAGUUCACAUAGGUUUUUAUUUCUGAUGUUAUCUCUUAGGUUUUGUAAGCAAGUAAAUAGUUGACAUGAAAAAUGAUGUCUAUUCUAAGAACUCAUUACACAUUGUUGGAUACUUUAUUGAUAUAUUAUUUGCCUGGUAUGUGCUUGCUGUACAACAUAGUAGGAGGCACCAGACAAAAAGAAGAGAAUGGAAGUGAGGAGAAUGACCUGCCACACAGGAAAGGAAAGAAAGGCACAUGUGCUGUCUGUGAAAGUGAGACAUGUGCAUGGAAUAUCCAGUGUCAUGUGUGAAGACUGCCUGGGUCUGACUGCAAGCGCACAUUGUUUCUGUGGUAGGCUCUUGCUUGUGUUCACAUUACUGCUCAAAUAGAUUUUUAUUUCUGAUGUUCUUUGUUAGGUUUUGUAAGCAAUUAUACAGCUGAUUGGAAAAUGUUGGUUUAUUCUAAGCACUCAAUACACAUUUGGUGUUUUGUCUUA